AUGGCGGCAACCACAACCAUCAAGGUCCCACAUCUCGGGGGCAUCGACGCUGGAUAUCGACUCUCCGACGGAGCCAUCGAUGCCACCAAGCCGACCGUUGUGCUCAUCAACUCCAUGUGCACCACGUCCUCGCUUUACAAUGUCCAGUUUGAGAACACGACGCUGACGGAUGCCGUCAACCUGCUUGCCAUCGAGCCCCUCGGCCAUGGCGCCACACGCUCUGCCUCGGAGCACUUCACAUACUGGGACACGGCCACCAUGGCCCUCCAGGUCAUGGAUGCGCUCAAAGUCAACAAGGCUUUCGCCGUCGGAACAAGCCAGGGCGGAUGGGUGGUCGUUCGCAUGGCCCUCCUGGCUCCAGACAGGAUCCUUGGGCUGCUUCCCCUCGGCACUUCGAUGGACUCCGAAUCAGCUGCUUCCCGAGAGAAAGGCUGCUGGGACCCCCAGAGCCAGCUUCUUCCCUUCUAUGAUAGCUGGUGCAGCGCCACGCCUACUCCUGACUUUGUCGUGGAUGAAGUGUGGCGUGGCAUGGUUGCCCAGCUGGGCUUCUCGGGAACUGUUGCGCCAGAGAUCUUGUCGUUCUGGGACGAAACUCUGAAGAAGGUCUACUCUGGGGAUGAGGGGCGCAGGAAGUUGCGCAUGGCCUUGGUGUGUCUGCUGGAGAGAGAUGGCUUGCUCUUCCGACUGCGAGAUGUCAAGUGUCCCGUCCAUUGGCUCCAGGGUGCCAAGGAUCCGGUGUUUGGUGAUGUUGUGCCCAAGGAGCAUAUUAAGCUGUUUACGAGUGCGCCAGAGGCGACGUUGACUUUUGUUGAGGGCGGUGGUCAUUACUUGAAUGCCACCAGUCCCAAGGAAGUUGAUGAAGCCUUGCUGAACAUGGUCAAGGCGUAUUCUUAG